AUGGAGCAAGUGGGCAAGGUGCGGAGCGCGACGCAGGCGGCAGCUGCGCCGCUGGUGCAGAAAGCAUCGGAGGGUGUUCGUGCGUUGCUGAAGUUUGUGAGCUCGAGUGAAAGCAGCUAUUUCAAAGAGGGGGAGAUACAGGCCAGCCAGAUACGGCAGCAGCUAUCAAGUCCCAGCACGGAGACGAAGUUAGUGGGCCUGCGUCGUGCAAUAGCAGCAGAAGCUGCUGCUGCAUGCACAUACACUCCUGGGGCUGAUGCGGGCUCUUCUUUGUUCUUUGCAGACGUACUAAAGAACCUAUCUACCCCUGACUUCGAGCUCAAACGUCUGGUGUAUCUAUACCUCGUGCAGCAUGCACAUGAACACCCAGACUUGGCUCUGCUUUCUGUAAACUGCUAUCAGAAAGAUCUAUACAGCAGCGCGCAUGUGGUGAGAGCAGCAGCUCUCAAGUCUUUAUCAUCUUUAUAUCUUUUGGAGAUUGUACAGCUGCUGCUGCACAGCCUCAAGCGUGCUGCAGCAGAUACAUCUCCACUCGUACGCAAAACAGCAGCGCAUGCAGCAGCAAAAAUUUAUUUCUUAGAUACAGACCAAAGAGAAGAGAUUGUUGAAUUGCUGCUGCAGCUUAUAGGAGACGGAGAGCUAGCGGUAUCAGGCGCUGCCUUGAUCUCCUUUCGCCUCAUCUUUUUUCAGUCUCUUCUCGAGGGGGCCCCAGCAUCAGGGGGCCCCCCGGUGCAGCAGCAGCAGCAGCAGCAGCAGCAGGGGCCGUGCGUCAGCAAUGGGGGCCCCGAGGGUGAGGUCUCUGAUGCGGGGGCCCCCCCCUGCAGCAGCAGCAGCAGCAGGGUAGGCGGGGGCUGCUCACAGGAGGAGGCUUUGGCGCUGCUGCAUCCUUUCUACUCUCGGCUCGUCACCAAUCUGCCUCUGCUGCAGCCGGGGCCCCAGGUGGUAGCUGUUGAUCUGCUUACAAGGUACUGCCGCUGUUUCUUUAAACAACCUGAACCAGCAGAAAAGGGCCCCCAGGGGGGCCCCCAUGAGGGCCCCCAGGAAACCUCUUCAUAUCCGCGUGAAGCUGCAGACCACACAAACCACUCUCUUCACCUCGGCAGCGCUGGGGGCCCCCCUGGGGGCCCCGGUGGGGGCGCCGGUGGGGGCCCCCGCCUCUCGUCUCUCGCUUUCUUAGCCUCUCGGAACGUCGGGAAAGGCGGAGGGCCCCAUGGGGGCCCCCAGGGGGCCCCUCAUGGGGGCCCUAUGCAGGGGGGCCCCCAGGGUGAUAUAUCUAACGGGUGUGGGGGGGGUGUUGGUAAGAAGCAGUAUAAGCCUGUGCCUGAAGAUUACGAGAGGUUUCAUGGGGCCCUUGAGUUGCUGCUGAGCAGCGACAGUGUAGCUGUUGUUGUGUCUGCUAGUGCUGCGGUGCAGUGUUUGUUUCCCCCUUCAUGUUGGGGUUGUGUUGUGUUACCUUUGCUGCGGCAGCUAGCCAGAGGAUUCAUAGAUGAAGCAGAAGAGGUUAAGCUGCAAAUUCUCCUCCUCGGCAUGCGUCUAUGGGCUUUUCACCGUCAAAACAGAUUGAGGGGCCCCCAGGGGGGGGCCCCCAGGGAGGGGGGGGCCCCCAGGGAGGGGGGGGCCCCCAGGGAGGGGGGGGGCCCCCCUGCAGAUACACUCAAUACAGAACCCUAUAAACAACAGGGAGAGCUGAAACGGCUGAUUCCUCCCCCCUCACGGGCACAGAGCGAAGAACAUUUCCCUCGAUUAGAUCUGCUGCUGCGGUAUCUGCUGCAGCUUGCUGCGUUUGAUAGAAGCUACGAAGUGAGAGAUAUGGGGAGAAUGUAUGGAGCUCUUAUAGCAGCAGUAGAAACCCAGCAGCAGCAGCAGCAGCAGCAGCAGCAGCAGCAGCAGCAGGAGGAGGAUGAAACACAGAAAGAUAUGCGCGUGUUUGCAGAACACUACUUGCAUGCACUCUCAGCACCGACAGACCCUGUUGCUGCUGCAGCUAACCCUGCUGCUGCAGCAGCAGCUGCAGCAGCUGCUGCUGCUGGAUGUAGCAGCAGCAGCAGCAGCAGCAGCAGUAUUCUGCCUGGCUCCAACGAGCUCCGGGAUCGGGAUCGUGAUGGGGAUCGUUCGAUCCCAGCCCCACAGGGUAUAGAGUGGCCUUGCAGCUCUCUUGCUUUUCACUUGGGCUCUGUUCGUUUGUGUGGUUCUUUGCCUCUGCCUGCAUUUGCUUCUAUAGAUUCAGAUUCAGCACUAAGACAAUACGAGACAGAAGAGGAGGCCCUCAGGGGUUCUUUCUUAUCUCUUGGGGUACGGCCACCACAGAGGGGGGGCCCCCAUCGGGGCCCCCAUCAGGGGGCCCCCAUGCACCUCAAUAGCCCAUCAGCUACACGGGGGGCCCCCCGUUCUAUUUGUUCUGCUGAUGUAAUAAGACAAGAAAACGCAGCAACUCUUAUGGGGAGAAUAGAUGGGGGUAGGAGGCCCCUGAGCCAGGGAGAGUUAGAUUUGUUUUAUGAGGGUGACCCUCUUGCUGAUAUAGAAUGCUUAAAUAGCAGCAGCAACAAUGCUGCUUCUUCUUGCGCUAACAGCACGGAGUGUACAGGCACCCGAUCGAGUGGUGGUGGGGCGGGAGAAGCUAGCAGCAGCAGCAGCAGCAGCAACAGCAACCCCAGUGAAAAAAAUAUAGAGACAGUAUGGGGGGCCUUCGAUGAGGGCCCAGCUGAUAUAUAUAUUAAACAAACACCUGCAGUUACACCCGGGCUCAACACCCCUGUAGGUGGAAUUGUUGUCGGCGAGGAUGAAGAAAGCGAUGAAGAGAUGCAGCAGCAGCAGCAGCAGCAGCAGCAGCAGCAGCAGCAACAGCAGCAGCAGCAGCAGCAGCAGCAGCAGGCAUGGGGUGUUGUUACUCCCCCUGUCUCAUAG